CAUUUAACCCUUCCGGGAGCAUUUAACUCCUUCCGGGAUCAUUUAACUCCUCCGGGAGCUUUUAACUCCUUCCGGGCUCUUAUAAUAUUUCAAUACCUAAUUGUAAUAUACAUAAUUCCAAAUAUCCUUGAACAUCAAAAUCGAAUCGAUCUUGUCGCUGAUGUUGCUAAAUUUGCUAACCCUCUUAUAGGAACUGCUGGAGGUAAUGUUUAA